GAGCCCGCGGCCGCCGCGCAGACAGCGCCGAGAUGCGGGGCCCCAGGCUCGUGACCGCCGCCCGCCUCUUCUGCGUGUGGAGCGCGGCGCUGGCCGCCGUCCCCGGGCCCAGGUUUCUGGUGACAGUCCCUGGGAUCAUCAGGCCAGGAGGAAAUGUGACCAUUGGGGUGGAGCUUCUGGAACACAGCCCCUCACAGGUCACCGUGAAGGCGGAACUAAUGAAGAAGGUAGCGAACCACUCGGUCUCUGUCCUGGAAGCAGAAGGAAUCUUUGAAAAAGGUUCUUUCAAGACACUUAUUCUUCCAUCGCUACCUCUGAACAGUGCCGAUGAGAUGUAUGAGCUCCGUGUCACCGGACGUGCCCAGGAUGAGAUUUUAUUCUCGAAUAGUACGCGCUUAUCAUUCGAGACCAAGAGAAUGACUGUCUUCAUUCAAACAGACAAGCCCCUAUAUAAACCAAAGCAGGAAGUGAAGUUUCGUGUUGUUACACUCUUCUCUGAUUUUAAGCCUUACAAAACCUUUUUAAACAUUCUAAUUAAGGAUCCCAAGUCAAAUUUGAUCCAACAGUGGUUAUCAGAAAAAAGUGAUCUUGGAGUCGUUUCCAAAACUUUCCAGUUAUCUUCCCAUCCAAUACUUGGUGACUGGUCCAUCCAAGUUCAAGUGAAUGACCAGACAUAUUAUCAGUCAUUUCAGGUUUCAGAAUAUGUAUUACCAAAGUUUGAAGUUGCUUUGCAGACACCAUUAUAUUGUUCUUUAAAUUCUAAGAGUUUAAAUGGUACUGUCACCGCAAAGUAUACAUAUGGGAAGCCUGUGAAAGGAGACCUAACACUUACAUUUUUACCUUUAUCCUUCUGGGGUGUGAAGAAAAAUAUUACAAAAACAUUGAAGAUAAAUGGAUCUGCAAACUUCUCUUUUAAUGAUGAAGAGAUGAAAAAGGUAAUGGAGUUUUCGGAUGGACCUUCUGAACACAUGUACCUGUCUUCUCCUGGGCCAGUAGAAAUCUUAGCCACAGUGACAGAAUCACUUACAGGUAUCUCAAGAAAUGCAAGCUCCAAUGUAUUUUUCAAGCAGCAUGAUUACAUCAUUGAAUUUUUUGACUAUGCUACUGUCUUGAAGCCAUCUCUCAACUUCACAGCCACUGUGAAGGUAACCCGUUCUGAUGGUCAUCAGCUGACUCCUGAAGAAAGAAGAAAUAAUGUAGUCUUAAUGGUGACUCAGAGAAACUAUACUGAGUACUGGAGCAGAUGGGACACUCGAAAUCAGGAUGUAGGGGCUGUCCAGAUCAUAAACCACACUGUCCCCGCAAAUGGAAUCUUCAAGAUCGAAUUCCCAGUCCUGGAUGAUUCCAGCGAGCUACAAGUGAAGGCCUCUUUUCUCGAUAGUAUAAGUAACAUGGCAGUUCAUGGUAUGUUUAAGUCUCCUAGUAAAACCUACAUCCAGCUGAAAGCAAAAGAUGAAAAUAUAAAGGUGGGAUCACCAUUUGAGUUGGUGGUUAUUGGCAACAAGCAGUUGAAGGAGUUAAGUUACAUGGUCGUGUCCAGGGGACAGUUGGUGGCUGUAGGCAAGCAAAAUUCAACAACCUUUUCCUUAACACCAGAAAAUUCUUGGGCCCCAAAAGCCUGUAUCAUUGUGUAUUAUAUUGAAGAUGAUGGGGAAAUUAUAAAUGAUGUUCUGAAAAUUCCUGUUCAGCUCAUUUUUAAAAAUAAGAUACAGCUAUUUUGGAGUAAAGCCAAUGCUGAACCAUCUGAGAAAGUCUCUCUCAGGAUCUCUGUGACACGGCCAGACUCAAUAGUUGGUAUCGUAGCUGUCGACAAGAGUGUGAAUCUGAUGAAUGUCUCAAAUGAUAUUACAAUGGAAAAUGUGGUCCAUGAAUUGGAACUUUAUAACACAGGAUAUUAUUUAGGCAUGUUCAUGAAUUCUUUUGCAGUCUUUCAGGAGUGUGGCCUCUGGGUAUUGACGGAUGCAAACCUUGUGAAGGAUUACAUUGACGGUGUUUAUGACAGCGUAGAGUUGGCUGAGAGGUUUGUGGAUGAAAAUGAAAGCUACUUGGUAGAUCUUCAUGACUUUUCUCUGGGUAGCAGUCCACGUGUACGAAAGCAUUUUCCAGAGACUUGGAUAUGGCUAGACACCAACAUGGGUUCCAGAAUUUACCAAGAAUUCGAAGUUACUGUGCCUGAUUCUAUCACUUCUUGGGUUGCAACUGCUUUUGUGAUCUCUGAGGAUUUAGGUCUUGGACUAACAACUGCUCCAGCGGAGGUAGUAUACGAAAGGGCUGCUUAUGGAUGGUACAAUGCCACGAAGCAGAGAGAGCAUCAGCUCCUCAGUGGAUUUAAAAAACUCCAAGCCUUCCAACCAUUUUUCAUUUUUUUGAAUCUUCCAUACUCUGUCAUCAGAGGUGAAGAAUUUGCUUUGGAAGUAACCAUAUUCAAUUAUUUGAAAGAUGCCACUGAGGUUAAGGUAAUAAUUGAGAAAAGUGAUGCAUUUGAUAUUCUAAUGGCUUCGAAUGAAAUCAAUGCCACGGGACACCAACAGACCAUUCUGGUUCCCAGUGAGGAUGGGGCAACUGUUCUUUUCCCCAUCAGGCCAACACGUCUGGGGGAAGUGCCCAUCACGGUCACAGCUGUUUCACCCGCUGCUUCUGAUGCUGUCACCCAGAGGAUUUUAGUGAAGGCUGAAGGAAUAGAAAAAUCAUAUUCACAAUCCAUCUUGCUAGAUUUGACGGACAGCACGCUACAAACUACCCUGAAAACACUGAGUUUCUCCUUUCCUCCUCACACAGUGAGUGGCAGUGAGAGGGUUCAGAUCACUGCAAUCGGAGAUAUUCUUGGUUCGUCCAUCAAUGGCUUAGCCUCCCUGAUUCGGAUGCCUUAUGGCUGUGGUGAACAGAACAUGAUAAAUUUUGCUCCAAAUAUUUAUGUUUUGGAUUAUCUGACUAAAAAGAAACAACUGACCGAGAAUUUAAAAGAAAAAGCCCUUUCUUUUAUGAGGCAAGGUUACCAGAGAGAACUGCUCUAUCAGAGGGAAGAUGGCUCUUUCAGUGCUUUUGGGAAUGAUGACCCUUCUGGAAGCACUUGGUUGUCAGCUUUUGUUUUAAGAUGUUUCCUUGAAGCUGAUCCUUACAUAGACAUUGAUCAGAAUGUGUUACACAGAACAUAUACUUGGCUCAAAGGACAUCAGAAAUCCAACGGUGAAUUUUGGGAGCCAGGAAGAGUGAUCCACAGUGAGCUCCAAGGUGGCAAUAAAAGUCCUGUAACUCUUACAGCUUAUAUUGUGACUUCUCUCCUGGGAUAUAAAAAGUAUCAGCCUAAUAUUGAUGUGCAGGAGUCUAUCAACUUUUUGGAGUCUGAAUUCGAUAGGGGAAUUUCCGACAAUUACACCCUGGCCCUUGUUACUUACGCCCUGUCAUCUGGGAGGAGCCCUAAAGCCAAGGAAGCUUUGGAUAUGCUGACUUGGAGAUCAGAACAAGAAGGAGGCCUGCAAUUCUGGGUGUCAUCGGUGUCCAGACUGUCUGAAUCCUGGCAGCCGAGCUCCUUGGAUAUUGAAGUUGCAGCCUAUGCGCUGCUCUCACAUUUCUUGCAGCAUCAGGUUCCUGAGGGAAUUCCGAUUAUGAGGUGGCUAAGCAGGCAGAGAAAUAGCUUGGGAGGUUUUGCAUCUACCCAGGACACCAUUGUGGCCUUGAAGGCCCUAUCUGAAUUUGCAGCUUUAAUGAAUGUAGAAGAGACAAAUAUCCAAGUGACUGUGGAGGGGCCCAGUUCACUGAAUCCUGUGAAGUUUGUGAUUGACACACAGAACCGCUUUCUUCUCCAGAUGGCAGAGCUUGCUGUAGUACAGCCAACUGCAGUGAAUAUUUCUGCAAAUGGUUUUGGAUAUGCUAUUUGUCAGCUUAAUGUUAUUUAUAAUGUGAAAAAUUCCAGAUCUUCUAAAAGCCGAAGAUCUAUCCAAGAUCAGGAAUCAUUUGACUUAGAUGUUGCUGUAAAAGAUAAUAAAGAUGAUGUCAAUCACUUGGAUUUGAAUGUGUGCACAAGGUUUCUGGGCCCAGCCAAAAGCGGCAUGGCCCUUAUGGAAGUCAACCUGCUCAGUGGUUUUACUGUGUCCUCAGAUGCCAUUCCCCUGAGUGAUACUGUGAAAAAAGUAGAACACGACCAUGGGAAACUCAACCUCUACUUAGACUCUGUAAAUGAAACCCAGUUUUGUGUUGAUAUUCCUGCUGUGAGAAGCUUUAGAGUGUCAAAUACACAAGAUGCUUCAGUGUCCAUAGUGGACUACUAUGAACCAAGGCGGCGAGCGGUGAGAAGCUACAACUCCAGGGCGCAGCUGACCUCCUGUGACCUCUGCGGGGACGCGCUCGCCUGCGGCCCCUGCGCCCGCGCGGCCCCGGCCCGCCUCCCGCGCCUGGCCGCCCGCCUCCUCCUGCUCGGCCCCGCGCUUCUGCUCUCCUUGCAGCCUUGGCCGUGAUUUGUUUCCUGAAGACUCCAUGAAACACUUGCAUUUCCAAAAGCCACACGUGACUGUCUUGUCGUCAUAAUCAGCUAUUACCUCUGUCUGGAAAAUCAAUGUUUUUCUCUUUAUGAGUUGGGAGGCGGGUAGAAGUGGGGGAGAUGUAUUAAUAACAACAGGUCCUUGUGUGUGUAGCUGCACAGAUCUUUUCUUUCACCCCUGACUUCUGUGUGGAACAAAAAAAUAAUUAUUGCAGCUGUAUUCUUUUAUUUUCCCCUCUUAAAAUUUUUUAGGAUUUUUUUGGAGGUGGUGUUUUCUCCAGAAUAAAUGCAUUAUUUUAGAUGAUUCUUUUCAUUUUUUAGAAGAAAUGAGUGAGCCUGGAUUCUUAAGCACUGCUGUAUGUCAGUCUCUGCUUUAGUAGUAACCGUGAAAAGGCCCAAGGGAAGAGCUUGUUCUGUGCCUUCCCUAUCCACCCCAAACCCCUGCCCACCCCACCCACCCCAGCCGCCUCAGUGCUGUGCUGAGCUAAGUCGCUUCAGCCCUGUCCGACUCUUUUUGAUCCUAUGAACCUGCCAGGCUCCUCUGUCCAUGGGAUUCUCCAGGCAAGAAUACUGGAGUGGGUUGCCAUGCCUUCCUCCAGGGGAUCUUCCCGGCCCAGGGAUUGAACCCCCGUCUCCUGCAUUGGCAGGCAGGUUCUUUCCCACUAGUGACCCCCUGGGAACCCCAUGGUCUCUACAUCUUUCUUGAUCAGAUAUAGUGUUUUUCUUUAGGAUGGAUGUGGUGAUUUUUAUUUUUUUUUUUAAGGAAAAUGAUGUUCCACUCCAGAUGUAGUCGCAUACCCCAUCCCUUGCUUUUUGCCUGUUUUCCCUCUGGAGGGAAGCAGAGAGACUGGGCUUUGCUGUGCUGCCCAUGGCUCAGAGGUUGGGGUCCCUGGGAAGUGAUCAGAGGAGCCCUGGGUGAUCUUCUCUGUGAACCCAGCCCCACACGCAGGCUUUGUUCAGGCUGAGGGUCAGAGAGUAUUGCCACAUGUGCCUUGUGGGACUUGGACAAGAAGAUCCUAGACCAGGAGACACAUGUGAGUCAUGGGGGAUGCUCAGUUGGAAAGUGAACGUGUUAGUCACUCAGUCAUGUCCGACUCUUUACGACCCCGUGGACUGUAGCCCACCAGGCUGCUCUAUCCAUGGCAUUCUCCCCAAGAUUGCUGGAGUGGGUAGCCAUUCCCUUCUCCCAGGGAUUUUCCCAACCGAGGGCUUGAACCCAGGUCUCCUGCAUUGCAGGAGGAUUCUUUACUAUCUGAGCCACCAGGGGGACACAACCAAAUCCUGCACAAGAUGCAGCGGACUGACCUCCCUGUGGUCUGGGAAAGAAGCUGGGGUUUGAUGGGGGUCAGAGAGGUGUGAAGCACUGUACAGUGUUGGCCAGGGUCUUGUGGAACCUUCUAGAUUCAGGUGUCUGAGUGUCAGGCCACCAGCUGUCCACUGACAUCUAAUGCUUGCUCUGAACCUUACAGAAGAUUCUUGAAUUUUGAGCAUCUGGCUCAUUGGUUACCUGGUAUUCAGAAGGAUAAUACUCAUUUAUGUGAGUGAAGUUUUAAAGAAAGAUUCCUUUCUUUUGCCUUUCCUGUUUGUCUUCUUUUCUCACCUCUUUCUUUUUUCAUUCUUCCUUCCCUUCUUUCUUUCUUCUUUCCUAUUGAAAAAUAUUGAAAUAUCUUAGAUACAUCAAAAAAUGUAAAGAUCUUUUACUAAAUCCAGAAAGUGGUUUAAUUUUACUCCUGAACUCAGCAUUUAUCUCAAGGGGAUGUAGAAAUGUAAUUGUCAUGGGCUCAAAAGAAGCUGUGUUAUACUAUUUUCAGCUGUUUAAAAAUAAAUCCAAAAUUAAAACAUACAAAUAAUAUAUUUGAAAGUGAAUUUUGAAAAGAAUAUUUUUAUUUUAGUGAAUUUAAAGAAAUUACAGUGGAGUGGAUAUUCAUGGAUUGCUUAUGGAUAUUUUGGACACAGAGGUAGGAAUUACUAAUAUUUAGGCUUUUAAAGCUUAAAUCCUGAAUGUAGAAAAUAGAUCCUUAGAGGAUGGUCUAUGGAGAGAGAGCAGUUAAAUAACAAAUAUAUAAUUUUCUUGUAUAUACUUUCAAGUGGGGAAAAGUUUUUAGUUGUGUUACCCCUUUGAAACAGUCUGAUCCAAAAAAGACACUUGGGUUUGGGCUUUCCUAUGUGGGAUUUUUGGCUUUUAUAUGUUAGGACUUCUUUGGAGGUGAAAGUAUCUUAAAAUGAACUCGGAGGAGGGUAUUGGCAAAGGAUCCCGCUUCCCCUACCCCGCUGCCCAGAGAAACUCAGACUGCCCAUCAAUAGCUUUCGAUUCUGUAGCUUAUAUACUGUUCAUUCCAGACUUCAAGUAUAGAAUCUUAGGAAACACAAGAAUGAAAAGCCGUUGAAAGAUGGUGUACAUUUUAAAAAAUGUAUUUCCUCUUUUAAAAACUAGAGAUCUGAUUUUUUUUUGUGUGAAUUAUUUCAGAGUUUCGGGUUAAACACUUACCUUGUAACUAAUAUUUUAAUGUAUUAAAAAUACAUUACAGAUGUAUUAAAACGUAUUGAAGGUGAGGAGGAGAAUGGGAUUGAGGAGGAAGAGCAGGAGGGGACGCAGUGGGGAGGAGCGGUCCGUGGUUGGAGGUGCGUGGACAGAGGGGAUGCCUGUGUCUUCCUCCAUCACGCUGCUUGGAGGCAGCCUCUGUGACAGCCGUGGGCUGGGAUGAAGAGGGUCCAAAAAAGCCACAGGUGUCUGGGUUAAAGGGGAGCAGUAGUAGCAGGAAUCGAUGUUAUUAACUCUUCUUCACAUGCUAUGAGUAACAGUUAGAAACCUUGUUUUGCCUUUUAUUUUCCUGAUGGUGAAACUUCUCCAGUGCCCUCAAUUUCAUUUACUGAUAUAAAUCUGAAGUCUCUCCUUCUUUCCUGCUGAGUGGGAACCUCAUUAUUAAGACACCAGCAUAUGUUGCUUCCAGUUUUGACUGGCCAGGGGUUCCAGACAUGGAAUGUUGAGAAUAACUAGUAGCCACAUGAAUUCAAGGACAGAUCAACACUAUUAUAUUUGGUUUCAACACGUUACUGCCUUCAGUGAUAAUUCUAAAAAAGUAAUUAAAACCCAUUAAAAUAUGUUGGGUCAAUGAAAAAAUUCCUUUUAUUGUAUUGGCCUAUUAUACUUUAGUAAGAUUUUAAAAAUACUCUAACAAUAACUUUGGUUUAGUAUUUUGGUUAUAUUAUAAUCUGUGGAACAUUGUGUUAAAAUCCAGAUAUAUGCUUGUUGCCUAACAGUUUGUUGCUUACAUAUGCAAUGCUAUUUCUACAUGUGGGAAUUUUCAGAGUUGUACAUAGCAUAAUUCUCCCUGUUUCCAUUUUUUGAGCCCGAGUGUAAUAAUUUUUUUAAAAAAGGUUUUAUUUAACCAUAAUUUCUUUUUAUGUUAAAUUUAGUUACAAAUACUCUGGCAACAGAAUGCUAGUAAUCUUUAUUUUGAUUAUUUUGAUCCAGUUCAGUUAUUCUGAUAUCAUUCAUUUUGAUAUCAUUCAACAUUUCUGACCAUCCAGUUUUAAAAAUUGGAGCUAUGAUUUUUCUUUAUCAAUCUUUAAAGGAGCCAUUUUAUUAGUCUUCCAGCAUGUAAUCUGGAGUUUUUUGUAACAACCUCAUUUCUAAUUUGCUUUAUUGAAGUUUAAUACUGAUUUUUAUAAAAAUAUGUUGUAAAUAGCUCCCUGACAAGGUUCUUUAUCAUAAAGACAGUACUUACUUGGAGUUCGUCAAGUAGCUCCCAUGGGUCCUGGUGCCAUUACUUAUUCUUGGGUGCAUCAUUUUCUUGCAUUUUGUAAAUUUGAGACAGUUAGUGGACUGACUCUUGGAGAAGCUUCAGAACCUUAUAUACCCGAAGAGGCUUCCAUUAGAAGAAUAUUCUAUUUUUUGUUUGUUUUCAAAUUCCAGUAAAGCAUAGCACAUUUAAGAACUUAAAAAUUUCCUGUCAUCUACUCAGUUGAUAUUCAUGUUAAUAUUAAAUAUCUUAAGCUGUGUUGGGAGUAAUUUGAGGUGCAGUUAUUUUUAUCACUACUUUCUUCAGGAAACUAAGCAAUAAAUAUACGUUUUUAAUAAAGAAUAUAUCAGUUGUGGGUAGGCUUGUUUCAAAACUAUUUCUAGCCAUUGAAUUGUAUUUUCAUGUGCCUCAUCAUAAGACAGUGCCACAUGCACCAUUCCAUAAAAUGUUGCCAUUUCAAUAGUUAUAAUACAGGAAAAUAGACAUUUCCUGGGUGAUUUCUGAGUUUCUCACUUCACAGGACACUUACACAUUGGUAUGUGUGUUUCUUUGUAAUAAAGAUGAUAUUGGUACAUAUUUAAGAAAAAUUCUGUGUCACGAGACCAUGAUUUACCUCUCUUCUGUCAGGGUAUUGAAUCAGUGGUAGAGGAUAGUUCCAUGUUCCACUUAUAGAUCUUUAAGAUUUAUCUUUGAUAUAGUUAAUAGAAUGUGGCUCUAUCCUGGUCCUUCAAACCUUUAUGUUUUGGAUUUCUACUGAGGUGCAGUUGAUGUGGUAGAGUCAAUUUUUUUUGUACACAGUAGGCUUUAUAAAAUUUUAUUCAUAAAUCUAUUUUAAGACCUUGUUUGCAUAUAAGAAGGAUACUAUUGAAAUAAAACAUUUUCACAGAAACUAAAGCUUUAUAUAUUAAACCAGGGUGAUUCUGAAAGCUUAAAUUUUAAAUGUUAGAGUAUUGUUAUAUUGUUAAUUGUACUUGAUUAUGUAUUCAAUAGAAAAUCAUGGUUUAUCAAUAAAAAUGAAAAUUUCCAUCGA